AUGGUGCAUCUUAGCGAUGCCGAGAAGGCUCUUGUCAAUGGCAUUUGGUCCAAGGUGGACGUAGAUAAACUCGGUGGUCAGGCUCUGGGCUGUCUGCUGAUUGUAUACCCAUGGACUCAGAGGUUCUUUGACUCCUUUGGGGACCUGUCCUCUGCUGAUGCUAUCAUAAAAAAUCCCAAGGUGGCAGCCCAUGGCAAGAAAGUAGUGAACUCCUUCAGUGAGGGCAUGAAGCAUCUGGACGACCUCAAGGGCACCUUUGCCCAGCUGAGUGAGCUGCACUGUGACAAGCUCCAUGUGGAUCCUGAGAACUUCAGGCUCCUGGGCAACGUGAUAGUGCGUGUGAUAGCUCGCCACCUCGGAUCCGAAUUCACCCCACAAGCACAGGCUGCUUUCCAGAAGGUGGUGACUGGUGUGGCCAACGCCUUGGCUCACAAGUACCACUAA